AUGGGCAGCAGCGGCUUCGCCACCACGCUGGUGGGCGCAAUCUCCGUCGCUAUAUUCCUAUACCUGUGGGUCCGCUCCAAACACGACCCCAUUUCAAGCCUUCCGGGUACUAGGCUCUCAAGAUGGACAAAUAUCGAGUCCCUGGUCCAGUUGAUCAGGGGAAAGCAGCCUCAAUACGUACACUCUCUCUUCAAGAAAUACGGACCGGUCGUGAGAGUUGGCCCAAAGGAAAUAUGCUUCUGCGAUCUGUCGGCAUUUAAACAGAUCUACAAUACCAAGGAGACAUUUGUCAAGUCUCCGUUGUAUGAGACUAUCACCGACUCGCCAGCUCCAUCCAUUUUCAGCACUGCCGAUGUCGAGUUGCACAGAAGACAUCGACGGCUCCUGGCUCCAGGCCUCUCUGAGACCUCGGUGACCCAGAUGUGUCCUUCCGUCCAUUCCAAAGUCGCCCUGACAAUUCAGCGGAUGAGAGAGGAAACAGAGGCAAGAGGAGCUGCAGAUAUCUACAAGUGGUGGACUUUCAUGACUUCGGAAAUUACGGGGGAGCUGACUUUCGGCCAGUCCUUCAGGAUUCUCGAGGAAGGAAAGAAAGAUGAAUUCACCAGUGACUUAGGCAACGGAGGCGCGGUGCUGGCUGCUCUUCGACUCACCCUGCCUUUCAUUAUAAAAAUUGCCGAGCACGUCCCGCUCGGAAUUGUGACCCAGGCUUGCAUAGCUAGAAAGCAGACCUUUAAACGCGCCGAUGAGAUGCUCACUAACCAUCGUCAGGCCGUCAUGGCAGACGCAGAUCACCCCCAACAAUCGUUUUUUACGAAGCUUUUUCAGGCCGAGAGCGAAGAAAAGCUCAAUUGGCAAGAAGUUAGAAGCAACGCUCUUACUUUCCUAGUCGCUGGCACUGACACUACCGCAAAUACUCUGACCUACCUGACCUGGAUUAUCUGCCAGAACCCAGUGGUGAAGGCCACUCUUCUGGAAGAGCUCAGCAGACUGCCAGAGAGCUUCGACGAUGCACAACUAAAAUCCUUGAAAUACCUAAAUCAAGUUAUUGAGGAGACACUACGGCUCUACCCUGCAGUAGCGACAGGUCUUUUGAGGGUGGUGCCCCCUGAAGGAGCUAACAUUGCUGGCCGUCAAAUCCCACGAGGAUCGACCGUGAGCUGUCAGGCGUACAGCCUACAACGCGACCCAGACAUAUUCCCAAGGCCGGAUGAGUUCGACCCAACCCGAUGGGAAAGUCCGACGUACGAGAUGAGGCAUGCAAUGAUGGUAUGGGGUGGAGGAGCACGGGGUGAGUGA